CGCUCCUCAUCGUCUCGUCUCGUACAGCGCUGACGCGCUUCUCGUCUCUUCUUUAUUCAUCAUUUUAUCUCAAGAAAAAGCAGCGAAAAAUUGGCAAUGACGUUUUCGACGUUCUGGUCGAGUCUCGUCCCGACGGCAAGGUGCGACGAGCCUGAGCAAAAGGAAGAAGCGGAGAAGCCUGAGGCUGAGGCUGAGAACGCUGAGGCUGAGGAGACUAGUGGGAAGGAAGAGGCAUCUGAGGAGGAUGAAGAGGAGGAGCCUGAAGACCCUAUGGUCACGCUGCGUGAAGAGUGUAAGGAGUCUGGAGCAUGCGUAAAAUUCUCGCAGCACUUCGAGCACUGUCGAGAGAAGGUAGAGGCUGGACAGGGUUUCAAGGGCGAGGAUUGUGUCGAGGAGAUGUUCCACAUGAUGCAUUGUGUAGAUAACUGCGUCGCACCGAAGCUAUUUGCUAAACUGGUCUGAAAACGUGGUGGUAGGCUUUAAUAUUAUGGAUGCUUUAGAUAGACCCCUAAAUAAUACCAGCAACCAAACGUACUGUUCAAGGCUUGACCACGACUUCUCAAUAAAAUGUUUUUCUCAUUUUACAACAAUUCCAAAA